AGACUGUCGCUGCGUGGGUUUCCCGGAUGGAGUAGAGACGCCAUCUUUACGCCAGUGCUACCGGUGGGUCUUCGAUUCAGCGGAGCGACGGUGCCGUUGCUGAUCCAUCACAAGGAAUCGCCGAGCAGCUGAUAAUCUUUUCCCCCUUUACUCCCCGGGACGCUUCGAACAGCCCCCAACGCCGAAUCGACCAUGAGUGACAAAGAAAUGCUGGUGUACAAGGCGAAACUCGCCGAGCAGGCAGAGCGAUACGAUGAAAUGGUGGAGUCGAUGAAGCAAGUGGCAGGUAUGGACAUGGAGCUGACGGUGGAGGAGAGGAACCUGCUGUCCGUCGCGUACAAGAACGUGAUUGGAGCCAGAAGAGCCUCCUGGAGGAUAAUCAGCAGCCUCGAGCAGAAAGAAGAUAACAAAAACUCAGAGGACAAAGUAGCCAUGAUUCGGGAUUACAGAAAAGCGGUCGAGAAAGAGCUGAAAUCAAUCUGCCAAGACAUUCUGGAUGUACUGGACCAGCAUCUCAUCAAAUCCGCCGAUUUGGGAGAGUCAAAGGUUUUCUACUACAAAAUGAAGGGAGAUUACCACAGGUACCUGGCGGAGUUUGCUGCGGGCAACGACAGGAAGGAGGCGGCAGAGAACAGCCUGGUAGCGUACAAAGCUGCAAGUGACAUCGCCAUGAACGAGCUCCCUUCAACACACCCCAUUCGCCUGGGACUGGCCCUUAACUUUUCAGUUUUCUAUUAUGAAAUCCUCAACUCACCAGACCGUGCAUGCAAGCUGGCGAAGACGGCAUUCGACGAAGCGAUCGCAGAACUGGACUCGCUGAGUGACGAGAGCUACAAGGACUCAACACUUAUCAUGCAGUUGCUACGUGACAACUUGACACUAUGGACCUCAGACACCCAGGGAGAAGAAGAACAGAACAAAGAUGCACAGCAAGAUGCAGAGGACGCGGCCCCGUGAGACUGAACAACACAAGACAAGCCCCCUCUCCUCCUUCCUUUUCCACCUCCUCCUCUUCCCUUCCCUUGUUUCUCCCCUCUAGCACUAGCUCUUGUCCCCAGCCACCUUUUUCCACUGGGUUUAUACUGCAGCCCACUCUCUCUCUCUCUCUCCACCUCCACUCGUCUGUCACACACCUCCCCUCCUCGUAUGCAUGUCAUUUCCACGUCCUCCCCUGCUCGCGUCUUAGUCCCCCACUCCCGGGUUUUUUCUCACCCUUUCUUUUCUGACUCCUCUUGCAAGUCUGUACCCUUUAAGGUUCCUGUCCCCCCCCUGUUUUUCUUUUUUGCAGUUUUCUUCUUUAUUAUUAUUUUUUUGCUGUUAUCUGUUGCCAAGAACCCUCGCCUGUAUUCGUAAAAACACAUAUGCAAGAGUUUAUUUAAAGACUGAUUUUCUUUUUUGUUCCGUUUUGUUUCCCUGAAUCCCCACGUGUGUGUUUUUGAACAUUGUCCACGCUUUGGUCAGUUUUUUAUUUUCCCCCCUUAAACAGAGGAAAUAAAGUGGUGACUGAGGGUCUAAAAGGGACGUGGAAAAGCUUUCUAGGAAGAACCAAGUGUCCUGUUUUACUUUGUGGUUACCACAGUUUCCUCCAAAAACAUCAAUACGGUUUUUUAUUUAACCCCCACGUCAACGAGAAACAGCAGAAUGUCCCCCGUUUCUAAGCAUCGGUCUGACCUUACUUUUGUCCAUCCUCGGACCAAGUAUUGUGCUGUGAGGCUGUAGCGCUAAUUUUGCUAAUGGCAGAUAGUUAGGUAAUGGCUUUUUAGCAGACAAAGUGUUCAUAUGUGUGCGCGUGGGAGGGGAAUGCUCUACACUCUUUGAUUGUAAUGUAAUGCAGUUUUGCAUUGGCACUAUAUAUAACAAAAAAAAGGUUUUGGGAAAUGGAGGCCUGCUGAAUCUUUAAC